AUGAACUGUGUAGUGCUCUUCGAAGAUAUUCGCAAGGCUGCAGCUGCUCACCGCUCUCCGCCCGACGCUACGCUCGAGGACGUGGUACCUACAGAUUUUACAUGUGAUUGUGUUUUGGACAAUACAUACAUAUCAGUGUUUGAACUGUUAACAUCGCUGUAUUUACUUCUUUUUCGGAGAAAGAAAUGUACAACUGAGCAAUGGGUCAAACGGAGGAGGCGCGCAGCAUUAGGAUAA